AUGUGCCGAUUUGUGCUCGUGAGUGGAGCCUCCCAAACCACUCACAGUUGGUGGGGUGGGGGGGGGGUUGUUUGGGGGGUGGGUUGGGUUGGGUGUUUGAUGGGGGGUUGGGGGGUUGGGUGGUGUGGGGUGGGGGGGGGGUGGGGGUUGGGGGGGGGGUGGGGGUUGUGGUUGUGGUUGGGGGGUGGGGGGGGGUGUAGUUUGGGUUGGGUGGGGUGGUGGGUUUGGUGGUGUUGUUGUUGUUGGUUGUUGUUGGGUUGGUUUGGUUGGGUUGGUGGGUUGGGGUUGGGUGGUGUUUUGGUUGGUUUUUUGAGGUGGUUGGUGUGUGGUGAGGGUGUGUUGUUUGUUUUUGUGUGGUGA